AUGGCGCCACAUGCAAUCGAGUGCCCGCAUGGCUUCCACGCCCUUUGCGGAAGUGAGCGAAAACGUUCAAUCAGCAUCGCAGACGAAGCAGUGAAUUGGGCCGGUAUUGCAUUAACCACACUAUACGUCGGCGCAGCAGCAAAAAUGAUCGACGAAAACACUGUUCAAGUCGGAAUCUCUAUCCACGAUGGCGUAUAUUCCGUUGACUUCUGCAUACACACUCUCCAUAUCUCCCCUGGCGAGAGCGUCGCCGAUGCCCUCAAAGCAGAUGCCGUUGAGACCAUUAACAAAUACUCAAAAGAACACCACGCAAAAUUUGUCGGAUGUGGUCUUGCAGAAUCUCUCAUAAGCCUGUGCCGGGAUAUGCCUUCGUUUCUGUGGAGCGAGCUUGACAUCGUCGUAAUGCGGUUCAAGGUAAAAACAGAGUUCCCAAAGUUCGAAUGCUCAGACGGAAUACAAGGCAAUUCGACGGAAACAAUCCCUAUCGACGUCGACGAGCAGGCGGAUUCCGCAGUAAGGAAAUGCAUCAUGAAUUUCGGCCCUGGACAGAAUCCCGCUUUGUCUAUCGGGUUUAGAAAUAGAGUUGAGCCAGAUACUGGGGGGAGAGUCGAGCUUGUGACAAAGCUGGAAAGCUACCAGAAAACAGUCCAUGAAGGGACCUGGAACAGCUUUUCGAAGUACGCCAAUGAACUUAAGAAGAACAAGGCUAAGGUCGCUUUCUUUUCGGCGACACCACAGGGCGGAGGGGUAGCGCUCAUGAGGCAUGCUCUAAUUAGAUUUUAUCGGCUUUGGGGUGUUAAUGUGCAAUGGUAUAUUCCCAAGCCAAAUCCAAAGGUGUUUAGGAUCACGAAAACAAAUCACAACAUCCUUCAAGGUGUCGCUGAUCCCUUCGAAAGACUAACCAAAGAGAGACAAGAAAUGAUGGACGAGUGGAUCUCGUAUAAUGCCAACCGUUAUUGGCUUGGUGAGGGCGGUCCAUUAGCAAAGGGUGGUGCAGAUGUUGUCAUCAUUGACGACCCACAAAUGCCUGGCCUCAUCCCGCUUAUCAAAGAACAUAGACCGGAAGUUAAAGUCAUCUACCGAAGCCAUAUCGAGCUCAGAAGCGAUCUUAUCGGAGUCGAAGGAAGCCCUCAGGCUGAGGUGUGGAAAUUCCUUUGGGAUAGAAUCAAACUUGCGGAUGUAUUUAUCAGUCAUCCCGUGGAUAAGUUUGUGCCAGCUCAGGUUCCGAUGUCCAUGGUCGGUAUGAUGCCGGCUUGUACAGAUUGGCUGGACGGCUUGAACAAGGACCUCAGAGACUGGGAUUUAAGAUAUUACCAUCACAGCCUGAGGAACUCAUGCUCAGAUAUUGGAAUGAACAUGCUACACUAUCCAGCCCGUGAAUACAUCACCCAGGUUGCCCGUUUCGAUCCCAGCAAGGGAAUUCCAGACGUUAUUGAGUCAUAUAGAAAACUCCGCGAAAUGCUGGAAGAAAAGGUCCCUAGAAUGGUCACUCCUCAACUACUGAUCUGCGGGCAUGGGGCCAUUGAUGAUCCAGACGGAUCCAUCAUUUACGACCAGACAAUGAAGCAACUCGAUGAGCCUCGCUACGACGAAAUUAGGGGGGAUGUCGUGGUUAUGAGAAUUGGGCCAAGUGAUCAAAUCCUCAAUGCCAUCCUUUCCUGCGCCAAACUCGUCGUACAGCUUUCUACCCGCGAGGGCUUCGAAGUCAAGGUCUCUGAAGCGAUCCACAAAGGCAAGCCCAUAGUUGCAACUCGCGCUGGCGGAAUCCCACUUCAGGUCCAGCAUGGCAAAAACGGGUAUCUCGUCGAAGUUGGCGACACUACCGCUGUUGCAAUAUAUCUAUAUAAUCUCUACACUGAUAGAGGAUUAUAUCAACGGCUAAGCGAGUUUGCAAAAGUAUCUGUGAGCGACGAGGUAAGCACGGUUGGUAAUGCUACUUGCUGGCUAUAUCUAGCAGCGAAAUUAGUGAAGGGAGAGGAGAUGAAACCGAAUGCGAGGUGGAUCACAGAUAUGUAUCGUGAGGAUGCGGAACAGCCGUAUGGUAAGGGCGAACCUAGGCUUCCGAGAUUAGAUAUUCAUCUCAAAGGAGAUAGUUUUGAGAAUGUUGAGACAGUAGAUUGA